AUGGAGACUGGGGAGAGUGGAAUGUAUAGGGAAAAGAUAGGGAUGUUCAAGGCACAGGCAGGGUGGAGAGGGUUCAGGCCAAUUACUGUUCUUGUUUCACAGAAUAAAAGAUUCUUUAAAUGGCCUGGGGGGGAUCACAGUACCAUCACUGAGUUCGUCCUCCUCGGGCUGUCUGCUGAUCUCAAGAUCCAAGCUCUGCUCUUUGUGUUGUUCCUAGGAAUUUACCUCCAGACUCUGAUGGGAAACCUGCUGAUGUUGCUGGUUAUCAGGGUGGAUUCUCACCUCCUGAGACCCAUGUACUCCUUCCUGAGUCACCUCUCCUUUGUGGAUCUUUGCUUCUCUUCUGUCACAGUGCCCAAGCUGCUGGAGAAUCUCCUGUUUCAAAAGAAAACUAUCUCUAUGGAGGGUUGCCUAGCUCAAGUCUUCUUUUUGUUUGGUACAGGAGGCACUGAAGCCUGCCUGCUUCCAGUGAUGGCCUAUGACCACUAUGUUGACAUCUGCCAUCCUCUGCUCUAUGGCCAGAUGAUGAGUAACCAACUCUGUAAAGGGCUUGUGUGGGGAUCCUGGAGCAUAGGUUUUGUGGACGCACUGAUCAACAUCCUCCUGGCUUUGAAUUUGGAUUUCUGUGCAGAUAGGUCCAUCCCCCACUACAGCUGUGAGCUGCCCUCACUCUUUCCUCUGUCCUGCUCUGAUGUCUCCACCCAUGUUUCGGUUCUGCUCUGUCCUAGUCUCCUGUAUGCACUUGGAACUUGUGUCCUAAUCUUUUUCUCUUACACCCUCAUUGUCUCCACCAUCCUGAGCAUCAGCUCCUCCACAGGUAGAAACAAAGCCUUCUCCACCUGCUCCUCCCACCUCACUACAGUGCUCCUAUUUUAUGGCUCAGGCUUCUUUCGCUAUGUCAUGCCAAACUCAGAUUCCCGAUUGGAUUUGAUCUUUGUGCAAUACAGUGUGAUCACUCCCUCAGUGAAUCCCCUCAUCUAUAGCCUGAAGAACAAUGUGGUGAAAGCAGCUGUGAGGAGGAACUUGAGAAAAUAUAUUCAAUAUUUCAGGUAG